AUGGCCUCUCACCGGCGACCGCGGGCUCCUUCGCCGACACCCGACCAUCUGACUGCGUCAUAUGCACCAACCCUUCAACCUCGGUUUCCGGUCCGACCAAACGAUCACCUUGACGCAGACGAACGAAGGGCCAAUGCUCAACCUGGAAAAUUAAGAAAACAUCACAUUGGUGGGCUGAAUUUGGCACCGGCCGAAUGGAAAAUCCUUGUCAUAGUGGUCAUCAUCGCGUCGUUUGUGAGGUUAUACAAGAUCUCAUACCCGGAUAGUGUGGUGUUCGACGAGGUGCAUUUUGGGAACUUUGCUUCUAAAUACAUCAAGACUCGGUACUUUGUUGAUGUACAUCCCCCAUUGGCAAAACUGCUUCUUACGUUGGCUGCAUUUGUCGGUGGAUUCGAUGGUCACUUUGAUUUCAAAGAGAUUGGGAAAGCGUACGAUGAGAACACACCCUAUGUACUUAUGCGUCUACUCCCGGCUAUCAUGGGUGUUGCGGUUGUUCCCCUUACCUACCUUACCCUCCGUGGGCUCGAUUGUCGAGCAACCACUGCAUUGUUGGGCGCGUUCCUUGUUACCUUUGAAAACGGAUUGAUUACCCAAUCCCGACUGAUCUUGCUGGACUCGCCCCUGAUCUUUUUCACUGCUCUCACUGCUUUCUUUUGGGUCGGAUUCUCCAACGAGGACACGCAGCGACCGUUCACGGAAGAAUGGUGGACCUGGCUCGCGCUUACAGGCCUUUCUUUGGGCGCAGUCGUGAGCUGCAAAUGGGUGGGCUUGUUCACCAUUGCAACUGUUGGCGUAUGCACUUUGCGGCAACUCUGGCUUCUGCUCGGCGACUUGAAAGUCACGCCUCGUCUUUUCAUCAAGCACUUCAUGGCCCGGGCGUUGUGCUUGAUUUUGUUACCCAUCCUGUUUUAUAUGGCGAUGUUUGAGAUCCAUUUUGCGAUUUUGCAGAACUCUGGUGAUGGGGAUGGUUUUAUGAGUGCCGCAUUCAUGCACACCCUCGGCGGUCGCGGAAUGUCUGAUACCUUUGCUGACGUUGCGCUUGGUUCCGCCGUCACUCUUCGACACGUUAAUACCCAGGGCGGGUACCUGCAUUCCCAUUUGCACACGUAUCCCGGAGGCAGCAAACAACAGCAGAUCACUUUAUACCCUCACAUCGACGGAAACAACGAUUGGCGUAUCCUCAAUGGCACCUUUGACGGAGCAACUGAUUUUGAUUGGACUACCGAACCAAUCUCCCAAAUCCGCAAUGGCCAGACCAUCCGACUGGAGCAUAUUGCAACCCAAAAACGCCUCCACUCCCACGACGUCCGUCCUCCCGUAUCAGACGUGGACUUCCAGAACGAGGUCAGCGCGUAUGGGUAUCCCGGAUUCCAGGGCGAUGCCAACGACAACUGGAUCGUUGAAAUCGAGGAAGGUGCCGGACGAGGCCAAACCGUCAAGACACUGAAACCAAUCAAGCUACCUGAUUGGGCGUUUGAGCAGCAAGAAGUGACCUGUAACAAGAACGCUGUUCGUGAAAACUCGGUUUGGUACAUCGAAACAAACAAUCACGAGAAGCUUGGUGAUGAUGCCGAAAAGGUCAAUUACAAGCCGCCUGGAUUCUUGUCCAAGUUCCUUGAGCUCCAGCAAGUCAUGUGGACUACGAACGCAGGGCUUACGGAUCGCCAUGCAUUCGACUCGCGUCCUAGCUCAUGGCCCAGAUUGCGACGUGGUAUUAACUUCUGGGUGAAGGACCACAAGCAGAUCUAUUUGAUCGGUAAUCCUUUUGUCUGGUAUAUGAGUACAAUCUCUGUCCUUUUGUACGCUGUUUUCCGGGGUUUCCUGAUUCUGCGCGAGAAGCGGGGUUACAAGGAUUUCCACAACACUACGCUGGUCAAGUACGACCAGCUCUGUGCUUUCCUCGCAACUGGCUGGGUGCUUCACUACUUCCCCUUCUUCCUCAUGUCUCGCCAGCUCUUCUUGCACCACUACUUCCCAGCACUUUACUUUGCGAUUCUCAUGUCCUGCGCCGUGUUUGAUGCCGUAACGGCCAACCUCAAGCCUCGCGUCCGACUACAGAUUGCCGGUGUCGUGCUCAUCUUUGUCCUCUGGAACUACAUGAGUUUUAGCCCGUUGACCUACGGAACUCCAUGGACUAGGAGUAAAUGCGAAAGCUCAAAAUGGCUUAAGAGUUGGGAUUUCGCUUGUGGCGAUUUCUACGAGAGUUAUGACCAAUACUCAACCAUUCCGCCCUCAACCCCGUCCCCUUCGGCCGUCCAGCCGGUAGUCGUUGGGGACGAGCAUGGAGGUAGACCUGCUGUAGUGGUCGACGCUCCUCAAGUCCAGAAACCCAAAGAAGACGCCCAGACGACGGACUCGGUCAUCAUACCGAUAGAGCCCGGCCACGAUGUAUUCGCCGGGGAUAAAGUUGACAACAAACCUAUCAGCUUGGACCGCGUCGCCGAGCCACUCCCCAAAGAGGCGUUGAUUCAUACUUCGGAUACCGCAGGCUCUGGUCCGGGCCCUGAUAACGACGCCGACCAGCAGGAAGAGCUUCGGUCCAUAGAGGAGGAGGCUAAGAAAAAGGUUCCCGCAGGGGUUCAAGAGAAGAUAGCUCAAGCUCAACAGAGCGUGAUUGAAAAGGUUGUCGAAGCCAAGGAGAAGCUAAAGGAUCACGCUAAGGCUCAAAAUGAGGAAGAGCGUGUUAGACAAGAGCUGUAUGGCAACGAAAAAAAGGAGGCAGAAUAG